AUGUCAGUCACACUUAAAACUCCUUCGGGUAGCAGUAUUUCUUUCAAGACAGGUUUAUUCAUCAACAAUGAAUUUAGACCAGCAAAGAAUGGAAAUGAAUUGACAACUCCAAAUCCUGCCACUGGCGAGCCAUUGGCCACUAUUAGUUCUGCCACUGCUGACGACGUCGACGAUGCGGUUAAAGCUGCUAGAAAAGCUUUUGAAACUACUUGGGGUAAGAAAAGUACUCCAUCGCAACGUAGUGAUGCCCUUCAUAAAUGGGCAGACUUGAUAGAUGCCAAUAUCGACACUCUUGCUGAACUUGAAAGUCUUGAUAAUGGUAAGCCGGUAUGGAUGGCUCGCGAUGUCGACAUUAAGGAUAGUAUCGCGUGCCUUCGUUAUUAUGCUGGUCUUGCUGAUAAAAUUGAAGGCCGCACUAUCGAGCAAGAAGAAGGUGUAAAAUUAGCUUUUACUAGGGCAGAACCAAUUGGUGUCUGUGGCCAGAUUAUCCCAUGGAAUUAUCCGAUUCAAAUGUUUUCUUGGAAGGUAGGUCCUGCUUUAGCAGCUGGUAACACUAUUGUGAUGAAGCCUGCUGAACAGACUCCUUUAAGUGCUCUUAUCUUAGCUGAGUUAGCUGUUGAAGCUGGUUUUCCUCCUGGUGUUAUUAACAUUGUUAAUGGUGUAGGUGCUGUUGCUGGUAAAGCUAUUUCAUCUCAUAUGGAUAUUGAUAAAGUUGCCUUCACUGGCUCUACCGUCACAGGUCGUACUAUCAUGGAAGCUGCUGCUAAAAGUAAUCUCAAAAAAGUAACACUUGAGCUUGGAGGUAAAUCACCAGUAGUUGUCUUCGACAAUGCUGACAUUGACCAAGCUGUAAACUGGGUCAGUCAAGGUAUUCUCUUUAACCAUGGCCAAGAUUGUUGUGCUGGUUCACGUUUAUUCCUCCAAGAUACUAUUAAGGAUGAAUUCUUAGCAAAACUUAAAAAGAAUUUUGAAUCACAUGUCGUUGGCGAUCCAUUUGAUAUCAAAACAUUCCAAGGUCCACAAGUAUCUAAACAGCAACAAGAAAAGAUUCAAUGCUUCAUUAAAUCAGGUACCGAACAAGGUGCCACUCUUUUCUCUGGCGGAAAACAAAGAUUGUCACACUUACCAGCCCAACUUAAGAACGGUUAUUAUGUUGCUCCAACAAUCUUCACUGAUUGUAAACCAGGCAUGAAGAUUGUAGACGAAGAAAUUUUCGGGCCUGUUCUUACUGUUCAAAGCUUCAGUACUGAAGAAGAAGCUGUUGAAAAGGCUAACAAUACUGAAUAUGGUCUUGCUGCAGGUGUGUUUUCUCAAAAUGCUUCCCAAUGUAUGCGUAUGAUCCAUGCUCUCCGUGGGGGAACUGUUUGGUGCAAUCAGUAUAUGGCUUUAAGUAACGCAGUCCCAUUUGGAGGUAUGAAACAAUCUGGAUUUGGUCGUGAAUUGGGUAUUGAGGGUUUAAAGGAAUACACUCAGACAAAAGCUGUACACUGGAAUUAUGGGGAACAAACUACUUGGCCAAUUGAUGGAACUACAGUUUAA